AAGGGCGGGCGGGCGCGGCGUCGCUGGUGCUGGGCGCUCCGCGGGCUGCCCUGUCCUUCGCUGCGCUUCGGCGCCGCACUUCUGUUUUAGUUAUCGUAAGUUUUCAGAGAAAAAAAAAAAAAAACUUACUUACUUUUUAAUUUUUAAUUUUUUUUUUUCUUUUCGCGCCGAAACUUUCGUGCCCGCGGAGGAGGCGAGAUGUGGAGGAAGGCGCUGCUGGCCGCCGUGUGCCUCUGCCUGCGCUGGGGCGCUGCUCUCGGCGAAGAAGGCGAAAACAAUUUUGAGGGAAUCGAGAGCAAGUUUUCCUUACGGACGCCUGCAGAGCCCGAUGAGGAUGUCUGCUACCUGGUUCCUGGGCAGGUGAACAGCCUGGCACAGUGCAACUUCAACCAUACCAGUAAAACCUUUGUGGUGAUCCACGGGUGGACGGUGACAGGGAUGUAUGAAAGUUGGGUCCCAAAGCUGGUGGAUGCUCUGUACAAGAGGGAGCCUGACUCAAACGUCAUUGUGGUGGACUGGCUAGACCGAGCUCAGCAGCACUACCCGGUGUCAGCUGCCUACACCAGGCUGGUGGGAAAGGAUGUUGCUAUGUUUAUUGACUGGAUGGAGGAGCAAUUUAAUUAUCCUCUCAACAAUCUCCACUUGCUGGGGUACAGUCUAGGUGCCCAUGCUGCUGGGAUUGCUGGGAAUCUGACCAAAAAGAAGGUGAACAGAAUUACUGGGCUGGAUCCUGCCGGUCCUACCUUUGAGUAUGCUGAUGAACUCACUCGCCUCUCCCCGGAUGAUGCUGAGUUUGUGGAUGUCCUACACACCUACACCCGAGGCUCUCCAGACCGCAGCAUUGGGAUCCAGAAGCCUGUUGGACACAUUGAUAUUUACCCCAACGGUGGAGGUUUCCAGCCGGGCUGCAACUUGGGAGAAGCACUGCGUCUGAUUGCUGAGAAAGGGCUUGGAGAUGUGGAUCAGCUGGUGAAAUGCUCCCAUGAACGAUCCAUUCAUCUCUUCAUCGACUCUCUCCUCAAUGAAGAAAAGCCAAGCAUGGCCUACCGCUGCAACACAAAGGAGGCCUUUGAGAAGGGCCUCUGCCUGAGCUGCCGCAAGAACCGCUGCAACAAUUUGGGUUACAAGGUCAACAGAGUGAGAACAAAGAGAAACACUAAAAUGUAUCUGAAAACCCGUGCUCAGAUGCCCUAUAAAGUCUUUCAUUAUCAGGUCAAGAUUCAUUUCUUUGCAAAGACUAACAUGACCAAGACAAACCAGCCAUUCCUGAUCUCUCUCUAUGGCACUCUAGACAAGAGUGAGAACAUUGCUUUCACACUGCCUGAAAUCUCCUCAAACAAGACCUUCUCCUUCCUGAUUUACACAGAAGUGGAUAUUGGAGACCUGUUUAUGGUGAAGCUGCAGUGGGAAAAAGACACCUUCUUUAGCUGGUCUGAUUGGUGGACUCCCUUUACAUUUGACAUCCAGAGAAUCAGAAUGAAGUCAGGGGAAACUCAGAAAAAAGUGGUGUUCUGUUCUCGAGAUGGCACCUCACAUCUCAGUAAGGGAGAAGAGGCAGCAAUAUUUGUGAAAUGCUCGGAGCAGCCCGUCAGCAGGAAGAGAGGAGGUACCAAGAGAGCCUCAAAAGAAAAUUCUGCUCAUGAAUCUGCUUAAGUGACAAGAACAAGAAUUUUUCACACUGGGGAGGAGAAGAGUCUGUUCAUCCCUGUAGACUGGAUGUUCAGAACCAAAUAUAUAGAAAUAUUUAUCUGCUGCUGGAUUUUUGCCUGCUAUUCCUAGCUAUUUUAGAGACUUCUUGUAAAAAAAGUCUCAGCAUAUGAAGUUACUAACCAUAAAGAUACAUUAUCUAAAUAGUUAAAAACAAAAGAAACCUGCAAAACUACUUGCCAAAGUUUGAAGUGCUGAAGAGAUAUAGGUAAUUUUGCUUAAUCAUGGUGCCUUGUGAUAAGGUUUCUUGACAUCAGAUCCUAUAUAGCAAUUUUUUAAUAUUUAUUGACAAGAAACAAAGCCCUGUACUUGGUUUUAUUUUAUCUUGCUGUUUUUAUUUUGUUUGUUUUUGGGGUUUAUUUUUUGU